AAGGCAGUAAAAAGCAGUCACGCGCCUCAAGGAGUCAGUACAUGAGAGUGAACUAAAACGAUUCCUAAAAGAUUCGCCCAACCCCUCCGACUCGUUCACGAAACCCAUUUCAAGCUAUUGGCCCAACUCUAAUUGUUAAAAAAGAUGCGAUUAGUUUUGCAGCCAGAUAUAUAUUAUGAGAAAAGUAGCCUACUGUUUCAUGUAUCAUUCAAUAGACUUUGAACGUGCGCGAGUUCAAUGCACUUGCAAGACUUCCAUUUCAGUUUCACUUUUGCAACCGAAUCAGGAAACAAAAGCAGCAUAUACGAUCACACGAACCUGUGAAGUUUAAGAUCAUGUAAACAGUCGAAGGUGUAAUGAUAAGCGAUUAUGGAAACCCGAAAUGAUGAAAAUGCAGUAAACCACUCGACCACUCUGACAAAUAAACAGCGGGGGAAUGAGGUCACAGUCCGACCCGCCACUUUAGACAACCUCUCAAUUCAUCAGCUGGCAGCCCAUGGAGAGAUUUCACAACUGGAAUUACAUUUAUCCAAAGACAGUUCUCUACUUAACAGCCAAGAUGAGCGAGGUUUCACACCACUAAUGUGGGCUGCUGCAUUUGGAGAGAUAAUGAUGGUGGAGUUCCUCCUUCAGAAGGGAGCAGAUCCGAGAACACUCGCUAGAGAACGAGAAAGUGCCUUGUCUUUGGCCAGUGCAGGAGGAUUUGCCGAUAUUGUUAAUAUUCUCCUACAACAUGGUGUUGAUAUUGAUUCCUAUGACUGGAAUGGUGGGACCCCUCUUCUGUAUGCAGUUCGUGGGAAUCACACAAAAUGUGUUGAAGCUCUCUUAAGAUGUGGGGCAGAUAUCACGUUUGAGGCAGACUCUGGCUACAGUCCUGUUGCUCUCGCUGUUGCAUUGGGCCACAAAAAAGUGCAAAAACUGCUUGAAGAUCAUAUUCUGAAGCUCUUCCGGGAACCAGUUUCAGUUUCUGAAAACACAUGAAGCAGAGGACUGCUCUUACAAGACCUUACAAUAAUCCUGCAUAUUUUAUAGCUUUAUUUUGACAUAGGAGAUGUAAAGAACAACCAGUUUUGUAUCUUUUUUUUUAAUUAAAAAAAAACAUUUUUACAAACGUGUAGUUCAUGUGUUUUGACUUGAUGUGAAUAUAAUCCAUAGUAUCUCUGUAGAAACAAAGGAAAUGAGAUCAAAAGUAACAUCAGUGUAUGCUUUUCCUGUGAGUAGGUUCCUCAUCCAGAGGUGAAAGCAAGGGGGGGGGUUGGUUGGCAUUCCCGCCUCUUCAUACUUCCUCGUUGUCCUUUUCUCAAAACAUUACAAAACCUUUUCCCCCAGGAUAUCCAAUGUGUAAACAAUUAUUCUUCCAAAAAUGUCAGCACUGUUUUCAAACACUAUUUUCAGCCUCUGAACCAAAGGGGCAUCUUGAAUGGGAAAA